AUGGAUGCUGUAGAGCAUACAGAGAAGCCGCAGGCACAGGGCGGUGGCAUACUUAGGCCAGCAGAGCCAGAGCAGCUGUGCGUGGCCUCAGCCUUGACUCCUGGCCAGCCCACGCACAGGGUCUUGAAUCAAGCUCGUCCAUUCUCAGGGCAUAAUGCAUUCCUCUGCGAUCCGGCCUUGAGAGACGGAGUUGCUGGCCAUGGUGGUGCUUGGGGCGAAGCUCGCCUGACGGAGCUUGGAACAGCAGUUGGCAGUGAGGAGUGGCAGACACGAGCCAACCGCUACCCACCCAGGCUAGAGACGCAUGACCGGUUUGGCAACCGCAGAGAUGCAGCAGAAUUCCACCCCGCCUACCAUAACCUUAUGGACUUGGGUAUAUCGUCUGGCGCUGCAGCAUUUGCUUGGCAGCCUGAUAACUUUGGGAAGAAGGGAGCCCAUGUGAUUCGUGCUGCACUCAUGUACUUAAUGUAUCAGCUUGAUUCUGGAGUUUGCUGCCCGUUGACCAUGACGUUUGCGGCGGUUCCUGCCCUACGUCGACAUCAGGAUGAUCCAGGUGGCUACAUUGAACAUCUCCUUCAGAAGCUGAUCUCAUGCAAGUACUCUGGCAAAGAUGUUCCGUUUCAUUCAAAAGCUGGUGCGACCAUGGGUAUGUCGAUGACGGAGAAGCAAGGUGGUUCGGAUGUUCGUGCGAAUAUGACCGAGGGCAAGCCAGUGAGCAAUUUCAGGCAGAGUCCAGGGGAUCCAUUUCACCUUAUCGGACACAAGUGGUUCACCUCUGCUCCCAUGAGUGAUGCCUUUUUGACCCUAGCCCAAACUGAGAAGGGCGUUUCGUGCUUUAUCGUUCCGCGUUGGCUUCCAGAUGGCAGUCGUAAUGCCGGCUUCUCCAUCCAGCGCUUGAAGGACAAGAUUGGUGACAAGUCCAACGCAUCGAGCGAGGUUGAGUACCGCCAUGCUUGGGGUGUGCUUCUUGGACCUCAGGGCCGCGGCGUGCGAACGAUUGUAGAGAUGGUUGUGCACACCAGGCUGGAUUGCGUGAUUGGUAGCUCAGCUUUGAUGAGAUUAAGUGCACAGCUGGCUGCACACCAUGCAUCCCAUCGUGCGGCAUUUGGUCGCCGGCUCCUGGAACAGCCCUUAAUGCGAUGUGUGCUGGCUGAUUUGGCGCUGGAGUCAGAAGCAGCAAUGGCAACCUGGUUGCGCCUCGGCCGUGGCCUAGAUGGCUCGGAGACAUCAUUCGUGCGAAUUGCCGUGGCAGUUGCGAAGUACUUUGUUUGCAAGAGGGCCCCGCUUGUGGCGUAUGAGGCCAUGGAAUGCCAUGGCGGAAAUGGCUAUGUAGAUGAGGGGCCUAUAGCUCGUCUCUUCCGUCAGUCUCCGUUGAAUGCAAUUUGGGAGGGAUCGGGAAAUGUGAUUUGCUUGGAUGUUCUGCGAGCCCUUCGGAGAGAGCCGGAGAGUGCAUUGGCUUUGAUGGACGAGUUGCAGUCCGCAGUAGCAGCUGCAGACGCAGUUUCCCAACAGCUGCCCAACUGUUAUGCGACGAUGACCCAAGCACUGCACGCCGAAUUAGCCUCAGAUCCUGCCACUCUGGAGCCGCAAGCAAGGGACAUCGUGGACAGAUUGGCAAUUUGCCUGCAGGCAGCCGUGCUGCUGAACCACGGAGAUCCCAAAGUGGCAAAGGCCUUCCUUGCGUUAGACGAGCUCCUUGCCGAUGACGAGGCAGCGGCGCCUACUGCUCUGGAUGAUACAGGCAGCCCAUCAAACCUUUCUCGACAGCCCUAUCAUUUGCCACAAAACUGGGCUGCACAGGGACAGCCAGUUGCAUGGGCAGACCUCACGCUGGUGGAGGACGGCAGUUUCAGACUGGCCUUGCUCGAUGCGACAGAAGCGAUAGACUUGUGCUUGCUGGAGGAGGCAGGUCAACUGCACUUCCUGGAGCUCGAACGGGCACAUGGAAAUGCUCUGGCGCGUGAAGGUCGGUAUGAAGAGGCUUCUGAAGCGUACAAGCGGGCGCUGGACGCUGUUCGACGAAGCCCGAUGUACAAGGCCUUGUUCCCGACGGAGCGCGGGCAUAUUCAAGGCGCCUACAGUCGCGAAGCGCUCGAGGAGAACCCUCUUCAGGGCCUUUCUGAGGAGGAGGUCUCCACCCGCCGCAGUCACCUCGUCGCACUGCACUUGAACUUAUCGCUCUGUGGCAACAAGGCUGGGCUGCACUCACUGGCAAGGCGCCAUGCUGAUAUCGCCCUGGGCGCCGAGCCUGAGAACGCCAAGGCGCUUUUCCGACGUGGCCAAGCUGCUGCAGGACAAAGUGACUUCGAGGCAGCCUUGCAGGAUUUGCAGAAGGCCGCGGAGCUUCAGCCGCAGGAUCGAACCAUCCGAGCAGAGAUCCAGUCUGUGCAACGCGGCUUGCGUGCGCACAAGGAGGUGCAGAAGACCAUGUUUCAGAACGUGUUUCAGCCGGCCAGGAGGUCUCCAGGAACCUUUGAAGGAGGACAGGGCUAG